AUGUUAUUAAUUUUUGUUCUCUCUUUAGUUAAUAUUGUCAGUGCUGCAAAUGUUACUGCCCAAGUGAAUUCUAUCCCAAUACUGAAUGGGACAAAUUUUAAGGUCUAUAAGGAAGCCGUAGAAAUUGUUCUUGGCUAUAUGGAUUUGGACUUGACACUGAGGACGGAACGACCCAUUUCCACUCCAAAAACCUCUAAUGAGGUAAAAAUUCAAAAGUGGGAUCAGUCCAACCGAAUGUGCUUUAUGAUCAUGAAGCACUCUAUUUCAGAGGCGUUUCGGGGUUCUAUUUCUAAGGGUCAAAGUGCAAAGAAAUUCUUUGAGAAAAUUGAACAAUACUUUGCCAAAAAUGAAAAAGUGGAGACGAGUAACCUUUUGGCUAAACUCAUCUCCAUGAACUAUAAAGGCAAAGGAAACAUAAGGGAGUACAUUAUGGAGAUGUCCAAUCUCGCAUCUAAACUCAAGUCACUUAAGUUAGAGCUUGGCUAUAACACUCAGAAGGACAAAUGGUUCCUCAAUGAGCUUAUAUCUCACUGUGUGCAAGAGGAGGAGAGGCUGCAAAGAGAUAGGACUGAAAGUGCUCACUUGACUUCAACCUCUCAGAAUAAGAAAAGGAAGAAAACUAAGGGUGUUGCGGAAGGGACUUCUCAACAAAAGAAACAAAAUAAGGAUGAGGAAUUUACCUGUUACUUCUGCAAGAAGUCAGGACACAUGAAGAAAGAAUGUCCCAAAUAUGCUACAUGGCGUGUGAAGAAAGGGUUGCCUGUGGAGCCGACCGCCAAGUGA